GGGGCUCCUCUGCCGCACUUCGCUGCAGAUGGCCGAGGGAAGGAGCAGGAGCAGCAGCCGCCGCCGCCGCCUCCCGACCAGCGCCAACGUGAGCUCAUUUCCUGACGACAACGAGGUGCCCUCGGGGUACCCGCUGAGCCUCUGCGAGGACGGCCCGGAACCAAAAUAUCUCUGCAGCCACUGCAAGAGCGUGCUGAGGAGAGCCCUGCAAACCGUCUGCGGCCAUCGCUACUGCAAAGCGUGUCUGGCCUGGAUCGUGCGAAACCAUAAAAACCCAGUUUGUCAGAGUUGUAAGGAGGAAGAGCCUGACAAUGUGGAUGAAGAAACGUUAUUAUCAAUAGAAAAGGCUUUUAGCGAUGCUGCCAUCAACAAGGAGAUUUCAGAGCUAAGUGUACAUUGUGUGGUCGCUGGAUGUACGUGGACUGGCGUCAUGAAGGCUGUGGAAGGCCAUCAGAGCACAUGUGAGUACGCCCGGAUUCCAUGUCACACUGGGUGCGGACAGGAAGUGAUGCGAAAGGAGCUUGCAGAACACCUGCAGCAUGAAUGUGUGAGUGCCACCUUGCAUUCCAGUUGUCACCAGAAGGUCUCUGAUCCCAAGCACCAAACUCUUUCAGCGGCUUCCACUGAUGAGGAUGACUGUCGGUUUUCCAGGAUCGGCUGCCCGUUCAGGGGAAACCGGAAAGAGAGACAGGAGCACGAGAAGAGCGCCGCGGGGAUGCACUUGGCUCUGCUGCUCCAGCAUGCAAAGCAACUGAAGGGGAAUCUGCACCCUGCGGGCGGCGGGGCUGACUCCUGCCUACAGGCAGCGAAGGCCCUGAAUGGGAUCUUCCGGAGCUUGCAGCUCACAGCAGCCUUGGACACGGACUCUUCCCCUGGGCUGCCUCUGUACGAGGGCGAAUCGAGCUGGCAGGCGCUGCUGAGGGGAAGGGUGGUUCCUUUGUUGGACAGCAAGCUGCGCGUGUUUGAAAACAUUGUUUCUGUGCUCAGCAAAGAGAUGGACGCCUCGCGCCAGAAGAUAGCGGCCUUCCGGGGUCAAAGAGGCCUUGACCAGGAUACCAUCCGUGGCUUGGAACUGAAGCUUGCCGACCUCCAGCGAUGCCUGGCACAGAAGGAGGUGACUCUAGGCAGGCUCCAGCAGAAACUCCUGCUGUCCACGGAAGCAACAUACAACGGCAUUUUUCUGUGGAAGAUCAAAGAUGUUCACCAGAAGUGCUAUGAAGCAGUGAGCGGGAAAGUGUGCAGUUUACAGUCUCCUGCCUUCUACACGUCGCGAUACGGUUACAAACUCUGCAUGAGGCUGUAUCUGAAUGGCGAGGGAAGGGGCAAAGGGACUCACGUGUCCGUCUUCCUGGUGCUCCUUAAAGGGGAAUACGACACGCUCCUCCAGUGGCCUUUCGUGCACAAGAUCACCUUCAUGUUGCUCGACCAGAACAACGGAGACCAUCUGAUGAACACUUUUUACACAGAUCCAACCGCUGCAUCGUCCCAGAGGCCUGUGACCGAUAUGAACGAGGCCAGCGGCUGUCCCCGAUUCCUCUCAUUGGCCAAACUGCAGUCGAUGAAAUAUACUUACUUAAAAGACGGUACCCUUUUCCUCAAGUGCAUUGCAGAACCCUCAUUUUCACAAGUCAUUCUCAUAUUUGAAUUAAAUGAGGGGAUCAAAAUCUUUAUGGGCAUCAACUCAACAAGAUGGCUCAACAAAUGCUGCCACUUUAAAGCUCAUCUUUGGAGGCAGGAUUCUCUGGGCUUGUGCUGGGAGUGCAUUUGCUCAACCAACGGUUGUGUACUGUCGGACUUCUCAGA